UUUCCCUCCUACAGUCAUGUUUUCCGUGUUGUUAACGGAUAACCUGGGCUGGGACAUUCUGCAAUAACUCUUGGGCUCCAUGUAAACACCUGCUUGUCGCUUGGCGCAAAACACCGAUCCCUGUAUAUUGCUGACAACUGACAGAAAAUGUCUGAGACGUCAAGUGAUGCAGAGUCGUCUUGUGGCUGGACCAUUAUUAGUAAUGAGGGUUCAGAUAUUGAGACUUUGGGAUCGGAGGGUGCAGUGGAGGCCGAGCUGUUAGAGCACCCUUCAGUGAAGGAAGCGGAGCUGCAGGAUGAACAGGCUUCUGUAUCUAAUGCUCUGUGUGUUGAAGAGAAGGUUGCGGAUUCCCUUGACGAAACUCUGGAAGAGCAAGCCAUAGAUGAGACAUUAUGUGCUUUAGAGCCCAGAGAUAACAACUCCAAUGGGAAACAGCAUGUGGCACUGUUGUCCUCAAGCGAUCAUUCAGAUAUUGUGACUCUCGGAGACUUAAAGGAGGGCGAGCAUGUGGAGGUGGAAGAGGCAGAGGCUGCUGCAGCCAAUGAAGAGUUUUACAUGGGCACCUCUUGCAGCAGCCAGUAUGCCUUCACUGCAGCAGAGACUGCAGGUUUGAUGUUGAGUCACUGGAAACUUCCACAGAGUCUUGUGAACUUAGGCGGCCAUCUGAGAAGUCGGCUCCCUGGAGGCCGCUCUCUUCAAGUUUUCCUAGCGAAGCAGCCCACUGUGACAAAAUCCAGCAGCAGUGAGGAUGAGGCAGGACAAAGCCCUGGCGCUGUGGUCCGCAGACGAAGGUUGAGGAAGAACACCGCCAGCAUUGUCACAGAGCCUGAGGAGGUGCUAGGGUCUGGCAAGAGUGAGGAGGAGGAGGAGGAAGAGGAGGUCAAAGAACAGAAUUGUCCACAGAAGCAGCAGCAGGAGGAAGUUAGAAGUCUGGAUUAUCGAAUGCAAGGCCAGGGCGGCAAUAUCCUCAACGGCUGUAUCCUGAUCUCCCUCGUCAUAGCCAUUAGUAUCGGCUACGGCCACUUCUAUGGUACGGUCCAGGUUCAAGUAAGACACAAAACUGUAGAUAAAGUCGGGGUGAAUGAACUUGAUGUUGUGAAGGAUCUGAUUCCACAACAUGUUGGAGAACAAGCUUUUCUAAGCCAGAUCCAGAGGGGUGAGUCAGGAUUAAAUGAGCUGGAUGAGCAAAAAAAGAUGUCAAUGCUCACAGAGGUGAUUGAGAAAAUGAAGAAAGAGAACCAGGACCUCAUCAUCAGACAGGAGCAUAUUCAGGCCCAGAGAGAUGACCUGAAAAUGCUGCUCAAACAGAAGACUGACAAAAUGAGUACCAACAUUGGGUCUCAGCAGCAGAAGUUGACCGCUGAGAACCAGCUGCUGAAAACCUCCUUGGAACGCGAAGAAAAGUCCCUUUCUUCCCUACAGAAGGAGCUGAGAAACCUGCGCUCUGAGAUUAGAGAUCGGGAGGCGUUGGGACCCGGGAGCAACUCGCUGCUCUUAGAAAUACAGAGACUGAAAGACCAGCUGGAGGAGGAGAAACAGUUGAUCAAAAGCCUCCACAGCCAGAGGGAAGACAUGGUGGCUGAGGCACAGACGCUGAGAAAGAAGCUUGACAAGGAGCAAACAAUAACAGGUGAGCUGAGGAGAGAGUUGAAUGUGCUGAGGAAUGACAUCCCCACAGCUGGAAAGGAAUCUGGUCCAGGGACAGAAGAGCUCCGAUCCCGACUGAUUGAGCUGGAGAAGAAACUGAGCUUCGAGCAGCAGCGCUCCGACUUGUGGGAGAGACUGUACGUGGAAACAAAGGAUGACCGAGCUAAAGGAGACACGGAGUCAAAAGUGAGAUGGACAAAAGAGGGCGUGGCAGGGAAAGUGAAACAGACGUUUGACGCUGUGAAGAACUCCACUAAGGAAUUUGUUCAUCACCACAAAGAGCAGAUAAAGAAAGCAAAGGAAGCUGUGAAGGAGAACCUCAAGAGGUUUUCAGAUUCUGUCAAAUCAAGUUUUCGACACUUCAAGCAUUCAGCUUCGACCUUCAUCCAGAAAGCCAGCGGGUUUUCUGAUGACGGGCAGGGUGAGAGGAACACAAAAGAGUCAUGGAAGCACGGAUUCCACAAAUCUCAUCACCGACACCAACGCAAACCUGACGAUUCCUUCCACAACAAUCCCAACAUGCGAAAAUCAGAGUCUAGAGUUCAUGAAGGUCAAGACGCACACAAGAGGAACUCGAAAGGAUGCUCUGGCAUCUUCGACUGCGUCUACCAGGAGUCCAUGAGUGAAAAGGUCAGGGAGCCAAUCCGAGCAGACACAUUUUACCCGCUGCUGCAGAGCUACGUGCACCAGGAGGCCGACCACUUCCACCACUGGAAAGAGCUGGAGUCGUUCAUCAGCGACUUCUUCCACGACGGAGUGUUCAUCCACGAUCAGAUGCUGUUCACAGACUUCGUCAGCAUCGUGGGAAACUAUCUGACCGACAUUCACCAGCCUGACCAUCAUGGCGCCGAAUUCAGAGACCUGGCUGACUUUGUUGACCGGCACUUAGGAGAAGCUUAUAAAAAAAGCUCUGGCCCAAAUGGGCCAUUUGAAGGGCCAGAAGCAGACUCCAAGGGGUCGAGGGCGACGCAUCAACAGCGAAAGCAUCAGAGAGCCAGACCUCGACCGCACAGUGAGCGCAAGUGGAGCCGAUACGGAAGAAACGCAGACAGACACACGGCCGACGUCAAAGUAGAACUGGGUCCGAUGCCUUUUGAUCCAAAAUACUGAAAACGCCCUACUGGUUUAAUGUUUUGGUUUGUGUUUGGAUGCAAUAUCUCAUUUUUUUUGUAAGUUUGCACAAUGUUAACUUUUAAAUGCUACUGAAUGUCCUUGAGCUGUUUUAUUUUUAGUGGAGUAUUUGUAACUUUUUAGAGAAAGAUGUGGUAUACCAGAAUCCAAAGUUCACAAAUGUGAAGAUAAGACACUUGGAAAAAUGUAAAUUUUAGAGCUGAUAAAUUUUUUUUCCUCAAAAGGAACAUUGUAACCCAUCGUCAACCACUGAAAUACACAUGCAUUAUCGAGCAGAAACAUAGAUUGGGAUUUUCUGUGAACAAUUUGGAUAAAGUGUAAAUUUAAAUUUACCACAUUCUUGAAUGUGUUUGUUUAUAGCCAUGUGGUUUUAAUUUUCUGUUUCUGAGUGAGUGUGCGUUGUAAUUUGCUCUCAGAGUUAAGAUGUAUUCUUCUAACAUUCCACCUCUUGCUUAUUUAAAUGGGACUUGAAAGUUUUGUUUGUUUUAUUUGCACAAGUUGACAAAAGGUUACUGGAAGAAAUAAUGUCACCAAAUGUAUGUUUGAAAAUAAAUAGUUAGUGUUAUAAAUCUGACAUCCGACCAAUGGUAUUUCAAAAUAAUAUCAAUUUAAAAUCUUUAUUUCAGAAGCAAAUCUAUAUUAUUUGACAUUCUCGUGCAGAACAGGAACUUUCCAGUGUUUUCAGUGCCUUUCAUAAAUAAAGAUGCUUCCUCCAACUCUC